CUAUUUAUACAAAAUUCAAAGGAAAACCUAAAGGACGCUGGUCUGCCAUUAUGGUCAGUUGGCUGCAACAUGGGGCGCAGGAUCUAUCUUUGCAGGAAAAGGACGGCGCAAAGAGGAGGCUGCAGGAUCUGGUUGCAGAAGAGGGGCAGCACAGAGAGGGGGGGUGCAGGCUGCUGUAGGCUCGAGGGGUGCAAGAGAAGGGAGGCGGAGUCGACUCGGUGCAGGGUAGGUUGCAGGCGUGCGAGGGGGCGAUGAUGGCUUGGUGCAGGGCAGGUUGCAAGUGUGCGAGGGUGUGAUGAUGGCUAGUUCAGUGAUAGGGGGUAGGGCGCGGUGCAGGGCAGGUGCAGGUUAGGGGUGUAGGCAGCAAGCCGGGCUCGGGUGAGGAUGCAGAGCAGAGGCGCUGGGCAGGGGUGCUAGUGCGCAGGGCUGGUUGCAGGCGACAAGUGGGUGGUUCGGGAAGGAGAGAAGUAAAAAAAUAUAAGAAGAAGGGGAAGGUUCGAGAUGCCUUCCCUUUUUUCUUUUUUCUUUUUUUUUUUUUUUUUUUUUUUGGUUCUUUGGGUUUCUUUUUUUUCUUUUUCUUUUUCUCUUCUUUUUUUUAGUUUGGUUUUGGUGGGUUUGGGUUAGAUGGGUUUUGGGAUUUUAGGCUUUUUGGGUAAUUGUUGGUUUGAGUUUGGUGGGUUUUGGAUUGGGUUUGAUGGGUUUUGGGAUUUUGGGCCUUUUGGGUAAUUGGAUUUGAAUUUGAGUUUUGGGCUGGACUUUGCAUUUCACUC